CAAUAUGAGAAAAAAGUUAAGAAAUAAAUGUAGAAAAGGUAAAGAGAGGAUUAACCCUAAUAACAUAGGCACGGAAGAAGGGAUACAGAAUGAUGUGACAAUUGGUGAUUUUGCUGACUCAUCUAAAGUGCCAAAACAAGGGACAACUAGAGUGAAGAAGGCUAUUUUGUCUAUAUCAACUAAUAUUAAACAUCAAAGAAAAGACAUGGAUGUUGAUGAUGUUAGCUGGUUUGAUAAAGAUUUAGAUGAGUUUGACAUAGAUGCUGAAGAAUCAGGUGAAUGCUCAGAGAUAAAACCUGUAAGAACUCUGAAGAAAAGCAGAAAGAAGGAUGACAGUAUAGGGAGACGAGUGUACCCAGUAGAUAUGUGGUUUACACUAGCAGCAUAUAUUGAUCCAGAAGCUGUGGGCAAAUUUGCAGCUAUCUGUCGUGAUUCUUACCUUGUGACAAGGACGAGGCAAUUCUGGAGAAAUCUUUAUACCAGGUUUUGUAUAGAUAAUACAGAUCUCCCUGAUCAACUUCAGUCAGAAUGCCUAGAGCGAGCCCAGGGACUGAGAUACAGAGUCAUCAGGUCAUUAUUUUGGACCUAUCCCCUCUUUGUGUCAAGGACUACUACAAACUUGCCAUUUGAAAAUGAACCAUAUCAUUUGAAAGGAAACAGAUGUUUAUACACUUGGUUUGAACCUUUCAAAAAUGUCUGGAAUUUCUCAUUUAAGUUUAAAAAAGAACGACUCUCACAUCUUAACAAAUUGACAACUCUGAACAAAUCUCUACCAGGCAGGGUGAACUUGUAUGAUGGCUAUUGUGAUGUGUAUGGUCAUGAAGAAAUCGAUUGUUAUGUAUUACAAGUGACAUGCCAAAAUUUCCAGCGUGUAUCGUCUGUGAUGGGACUUGUCUUGUGUAAUGUUUAUCUCAAAGUGAGUCAGGAGAACCGUUUCUACUGUCUACGCCUUCAUUUUGAUUCAUCAAUGAAAGAGUCAACCAAUCAGAACAGAGACAUAGUUGGCGAUACUGUGAUUUUAUUGGACCGUGUGCUCAAUUUAAAGGUCUUCCCUUGGUGGCAUUCUAAAUAUCCCUUUUAGAAAGCUUUCAAUGAUUACGCAGCUUCUCAAUUUAAGUCAUGUUUAAAGUAAAUGAUGGUGAUUUUAAAGAUUUUAAUGAACAUUUAAACAAAAGAUAUAUAGCAUCUGACUUGUCUAAUACCAUUUUAAAAUUAAAGGUGUUAGUGUUGCCUCCAUUAUUUGAGAUGUUCCUAUACACAUAUCGGUAAUUGUAAUGGAAAUUAUCUUAACAGAGAUUGGAAAUAAAUCUAUCUCAGGAUACUGAGUUA